AUGGAUUCACCAGAACGAGCCACAAUUAGAAGUGAGCAGAAAUCCAGAAAAUUCCUAAAAAGUCUAAUCAGAAAGCAGCCUCGGGACCUGCUCCUGGUGAUCGGGACGGGGGUGAGCGUGGCGGUGGCCCCAGGAAUCCCAGCACUGUGCUCCUGGAGGAGCUGCAUCGAGGCUGUCAUCGGAGCAGCUGAGCAGCUGGAGGUGCUGCACCCGGGGGACGUCGCUGAGUUCCGUAAGAAAGUGAUCAAAGAGAGAGACCUGCUCGUGGUUGCACAUGAUCUCAUCAGGAAGAUGUCACCACGCACCGGGGACACGAAGCCCAACUUCUUCCAGGAUUGCUUAAUGGAGGUGUUUGAUAAUCUGGAACAACACAUUCAGAAUCCCAUGGUUCUGCAGUCCAUCCUGAGGCUCAUGGAGAGAGGCACAAUGGUUCUGACUACCAACUAUGAUAAUUUGCUGGAAAUAUUUGGUCAGCAACAGGGCAAACCUAUGGAAUCGUUAGACCUCAAAGAUAAGGAUAAGGUUCUCCAGUGGGCCAGAGGCCAUGUGAAAUACGGAGUGCUUCACAUCCACGGCUUGUACACAGAUCCCUGUGGAAUGGUGCUCGAUCCCUCGGGAUAUAAAGAUGUUACUCAAGAUCCUGAAGUCAUGGAAGUUCUUCAGAACUUGUACCGAACAAAGUCUUUCUUGUUCCUGGGCUGUGGAGAGACUCUGCGUGACCAGAUCUUUCAAGCUCUUUUUCUUUACACAGUAAAGAACAAAGUGGAUUUAGAACAUUAUAUGUUGGUGCUUAAAGAAAAUGAAGAUCACUUUUUUAAGCUCCAGGCAGAUAUGUUGCUGCAUGGAAUAAAAGUGGUGUCCUAUGGGGACUGCUUCCAGCAAUUCCCAGAGUAUGUCCAAGACCUGACUGCUCAGAUCUGCAAGCAGAGAAGUCCAGAUGCUGACCGAGUGGACAGCACAACACUACUGGGAACUUCAUGUGUGGACUGUGCUAAAAGGAAGUUGGGAGAAAGUGGCACUGACUCUCCUAAAAGGAUCAAGCAGUCAGAGAUGCCCACUGUUGAAUGAAAAACCCCAAACACCCAAAGUUCACCCCAGAAGCCUUUUGACAGUGGGUGUUUUACAUCUGCUGCAUGGAAAAUUUUGAGCUGAGUACUUCCAUGGUUUUAAGUGGAAUAAAAUUGUACAUA